AUGGCUUUUCGUCUAAUCUCAAAGAACGCUGCAGCUGCUGCUAUCGCCACUCGUCCUACAUUAGCAGCUACUGCUCGCCGAUCUGUUGGUAGUACUGUCAUCCGCCACUAUACCACUCAAAAGCAAGCUGAUCCCAAAGAAAAGGCCAAUAGUAUCAUCAACUCUUUGCCCGGCAACAGCCUUGUUUCUAAGACUGGUUUCCUCACCUUAGGUACCGGCCUUGCUACCUAUAUCAUUUCAAAGGAAAUCUAUGUCGUCAAUGAAGAGACUUUGGUAUUGAUUUCCACUGCUGGUUUGCUCGUGGUUCUUCUCAAAUACUUAAGGGAACCUUUCAACAACAUGGCAAACGAGCACAUUAACCGUAUCAAGAACGUUUUGAUCCAAGCACGUGAAGAUCAUAAGACUGCUGUUAAGGAACGAAUUGAUGAAGUUGGACAAAUGAAAGAUCUGGUUGAUGUAACUAAGGCACUUUUCGAAUUGUCCCGUGAAACAGCCAAAUUAGAAGCAGAAGCUUUCCAACUUAAGCAAAAAGUCGAUGUUGCUCGCGAAGUCAAGACUACUUUGGAUGCUUGGGUCCGCCACGAAGCUAAUCUCCGUGAGCGUGAACAGAAGCAAUUAGCAGCUUAUUUGAUGGAAAAGAUUAACAAGGAUCUACAAGACCCCAAGAUUCAACAACAAAUUCUCGAUCAAGCUAUUGCCGAUGUACAAAAAAUUGCAAAGACACAUUAA